AUGGGAUGGCUCGAUAGCGUCUUUGGAUCGAAAUCCGCCGACGAUCCCAUUCAGAAGCUUGACCCCAAGCUACGAGAUUUUCUGGAGAAAGAGUCGCCUGUUAAAUUCCAACCCAACCGAACCCCAGCUGAUGUCGAGACGAGCCAACGAGGCCCGGCUCCUGAAAAGCCGCGACAGGAUGCGCAAUCUGGUGUGCCAUCCGCUAGCCUCUACCAAGAUGGCCGAUAUGCCGACCUCUGGAAGACAUACAAGCCACUAGAGAGUGUGGAGGCCGACACGAAAAGCAGUCAUGAGAAGCUGAUGGAUGUGUUGGACGGGUAUAAAGAGCGCAAGAUGGUGAUUGCGAAGGCAGCGCUGGAGAACUGUUCUUUUCAACAAGAGGAAUGGAGAAGGUGCAUGGUGGAGGGAAGCUGGGUCGACACGUUACAGAUGUGCAGGGAUAAGGUUAAGAAGUUCGAGCGUUGCUAUUCAAUGCAGUCGAGGUUUCUUCGUGUCCUAGGCUAUCAGGCGGAGCCGGGUCGAUCCGCGAUACUCGAAGAAGACAUCCAACUUCAUGCGGAUUCCCUUUACCAAAGGAUGCUCGAGCAUGAAGAAGCAGUGGCAAAGGCGCGAGAGCAGGGUCUACCUGUACCCACAUUCGAAAUCAUCCCGCCGCCCUUGCUGUCGAAGGCAACCACCCCUCCCGACGAGGCUACCACGAAGGUCUGGAAAGAUCAGUUGGAUAAGCUCCCCGAGGACGAGAGAGCGGCUGAAGAGGCGGCACUGAAAGCCGACUAUUAUGCAAGACUGAAUACGGCGGAGAGGGUUAAGGAACUGAGGGCUAGUGAAGCUGCGGAGCGGAGGAAAAGGAAAGCGGAAGGAAAGUCUACGAUGGGCGAUUACUUUUGGGGCCUCAUGGGGCCGCGAUCAGAAUCCGACAACGAUGAGAAACGGACCACACCCACCAUGGCAACACCACCACCCCAGGGCGAGUACUCUCCACUAUUCCUCUACAAUUCGAAUACGGCGCUACAAUAA